ACACAUUUACUCCAAACUGUCCUUCCUUGCAAAAGUUUAUCCGCUAUCUAUAUUAAUAGGUUCAGAAUGAGUGCGAUCUUAUUAAAUGUACAAAAAAAGAGCAGUUCGGUACACAAAUAUAUCCUCUGUUCACAUAGGGUCCGGGGAAGGGCCUCAUCUCGAGGGAUGUGAUGUGGGUAGCCUACCCUGAUGCAAGCGCCAGUGGCUAAUUCCACGGCUCGAACUUGUGACUAUAGGUCACACGGAGACAACUUUGCUAUUGUUCCACGCAGAGGCAGACCUAGGAUUUGAAGUAUGCAGUAAAAGGAAACUCAUGAAAAUGCAGAAAUUGAUUCAACUUGAUCAGCUGGAGAACACUGGAGAUGAAACUGAUGACACUCGCCAACUUCAUGAUCAACGUAUAGUUGUCCCGACUAUCCUCAAUCAAAUAGCUGAUGGAUUUGAGAAGAAAGAACAGUCAUGGUUUGCUACUUCUCAGCUUCCAAGUGAUUUAUCAAUUCGAGUUGACGACAUCACCUUCUAUGUUCACAAGUAUCCGCUGGUUGCAAGGUGUGCUUACCUAAGAGAAAUCGAAUUUCAGCCUCAAAAUUCACACUUAGGUUAUGACCUCAAGCUCGAAAAAUUUCCAGGCGGAUCAGAAAACUUCGAGAUCAUUCUAAAGUUCUGUUACGGCCUACCAAUAAGCUUGAACCCUGGAAAUGUAGCAGCAUUAAGAUGUGGAUCAGAAUUCCUAGAAAUGACAGAAGCAAUGGAAGAGGGAAACCUGAUUUCAAAAACAGAAGCUUUCUUCACAUUUGUAGUCCUUUCGUCGUGGAACGAUUCCAUCACUGUCCUUAAAUCAUGCGAAACACUAUCUCCGUGGGCAGAAAACCUACAGAUUGUGAGAAGAUGUUGUGAUUCAAUUGGUUGGAAAAUCUUCAGAAAAAAUUCAACAGAGGAAAUAACGAACGAAGAAACCUGGUGGUUCGACGAUGUUGCCACUCUUUGUAUUAACUUCUUCUUGAGAAUUAUUACAGCAAUAAGAGUAAAAGGAAUCAAACCUGAAAUCAUGGGUUCAUGUAUCAUGCAUUAUGGGGAGAAGUGGUUGCCAAACAUGAAUAGUGAAACGAAAGGAACGGAUAAAUAUGGUAGUAGAAGAAACGACUCGCAAUGGAGUAUCACAAGUGGGAGAAUGCAAGAAACAAGCAUUGGACAGAAUAAUAAGGAACAAAGAACAAUAAUAGAGAGCUUGAUUAGUAUACUACCUCCUCAAAAGGAAGCUGUUUCUUGCAAGUUUCUUCUACGGCUGUUAAAGAUGGCGAUGCUGUACGCUGCAUCACCAGCUCUAAUUUCAGAGCUCGAGAAAAGAAUCGGCAUGGUGCUCGAAAACGCCAGUCCGGAUGACCUCUUGAUCCCUACUUAUGCAGUAAGUGAACAAACAAUCAAUUCAACUGAAGAACAGACUAUCCACAAUAUAGAUGUGGUGCAAAGGAUAUUGGAUUAUUUCUUGCUAUAUGAACAGCAAAUACUACAGCAACAAGAAACGAAGUCGACAACAGUGAAUAUCAGUAAACUGGUUGACAGCUACCUAGCAGAAAUUGCAAGAGAUCACAAUGUAUCUAUCACAAAGUUCCAAGUCUUAGCUGAAUCUCUGCCUCGACAUGUUCGGACGUGUCAUGAUGGACUCUACAGAGCCAUCGAUACAUACCUUAAGACUCAUCCUUUACUAUCAGAACAUGAUCGCCGAAGACUAUGCAAGAUCAUGGACAGCGAAAAAUUGUCACUUGAUGCAUGUAUGCAUGCAGCUCAAAAUGAAAGGUUGCCUCUGAGAAUCGUUAUCCAGGUUUUGCUCUCGGAACAAGUGAAGAUGAGAGCUGCAGUACAAGGGAAAGAUACUAUAGCAAGUGAUGAUAAUAACUCAGACAAGGAAAGUAAUUGGUUAUCUACCAAGAAGGAGGUCAAGUACCUUAAAGAAGAACUUGAUAAAGUGAAGAUACAAAUGACAGAUCUUCAGAGGGACUACUCUGAGCUGCAACAAGAAUAUGAAAAAGUAAACAACAAGCCUAGAACUUCAUGGACAUCUGGUUGGAGAAAGAUGAAAAAGUCUGCUCUUUUCAAUAGAAAAAUGGUUGAGGAAGAAACUCAAGAAGGCGAGAAUAGAGUUAAACCAGGUCGCAGAGCCAGCAUAAAUUGAAGGCAGUCCAUAUCUUAAGUCCCACAAUUAUAGUUCUUAUGUAUCUGGUAGGUAAGAACACCCCUUGGAGUAGGCUGCCUACAUCACACCCCUAGGGGUGCGCCCCUUCCCCGGACCUUACGUGAACACAUAAUGCUUUGUGCGCCGAGCUGCCCUUUUCUUUUAAUGUAUCCGGUAGAUGAACGAACUGAUAAAAUUACUGAGUUUUAUUUACACAGAAGGCUAUUUUGGCAUAGAUGGAGAUUGGAUACAACUUAACCGAUCCUGCUUGUAAAAAAUGUGUAAUCUUGGUUAUCUAUAGUGAUUGUGAAUUAGUCUUUUCAA